AUGUACCAUGGCAGAGAGUGCGGGGGUAUCGGGAUGCACCAUGGCAGAGUGUGCGGGGGUAUUGGGAUGCACCAUGGCAGAGUGUGCGGGGGUAUUGGGAUGUACCAUGGCAGAGUGCGGGGGUAUCGGGAUGUACCAUGGCAGAGAGUGCGGGGGUAUCGGGAUGCACCAUGGCAGAGUGUGCGGGGGUAUUGGGAUGCACCAUGGCAGAGUGUGCGGGGGUAUUGGGAUGUACCAUGGCAGAGUGCGGGGGUAUCGGGAUGUACCAUGGCAGAGAGUGCGGGGGUAUCGGAAUGCACCAUGGCAGAGAGUGCGGGGGUAUUGGGAUGUACCAUGGCAGAGAGUGCGGGGGUAUCGGAAUGCACCAUGGCAGAGAGUGCGGGGGUAUUGGAAUGUACCAUGGCAGAGAGUGCGGGGGUAUUGGAAUGUACCAUGGCAGAGAGUGCGGGGGUAUUGGAAUGUACCAUGUGUAGUCAGGUGGGGGUGUAGAUUAUUUUGGAGAUGAGAGCCUGUGAUAACAUUACAGGGACUGUUACUGAAGUAGUUUUGGUGUAUGAAUCUUGCUCUGCGAUUUAAUUCCUAAAUGGCCGAGAAUUGAGCAGUGAGACUGCAGGGGUACGAUUUAUAUAGUCUAUACACUAUUACUGCUUCAUCGAGCUAAAGUUGUUUUGGUGACUAAAGUGUCCCUUUAAAUAUGUCUUUAUGUUUUGGGAGUCCACAUUAAACGGUUUAUUGCAGGUAAAAUAGUUGAAGGCAAUAUUUUCAUAAUUAAAAAUGAAAUAAAUAUCCUUUUAGCGGAUGUGUCUCCAGCACUAUACAGCAUCUCCCUUCCAUUUAUACAGAAGUAGUUUAUAGACGUGGAUGAGUUUUAGUAUCGGCUGAGCCGAGGUACUCCACUCUCUUUCUAAGGGGAGAAUAAAGAUAUUUCCGAAUCUGUUCAGUGCGUGAACUAAACCUGGGUGUUGGAGUGAAUAAACUUAUGGUUUAAUACGAUCCAUUUCGGAUCCUUCAUUUAGAAUUUCUCCAGGGGUAAAUGUCGCAGUGUCCAUCUGGUGGACAUGGUAGUAAAGAUCUUCGCUUACAGUUUUAUGGGAAAUAGAAAACGCCUUGGGAGUUGUCCGCUUUCUGCUAUAGUAGAAAUGGUGACCUCUUGCACAACAAUACGCUGGGAGAACAGAAAGGAGAAAAUCUAACUACCUAAAAAAAAAAAAACUAAAGAGUUUAUUAAAAAACAAAGCAAACAAACAACCCUAGCCACUUUACUCCUAUAAUUAUCCCAUAGUUUUAUUUAAGAAAUGUGACUAUUUGUGUACCAUUCAUGUAAUUGUUGCAGUGUCUCUCGUUUGUGUUAUUGCUAGGUGACGAGUGUUUCUCACGGUACACACGAUGCGGUGGUCAUUCUGGAGAGAUUUCCAUUCCAAGCAGAAACGGUUUCCAGUCUGCUUACCAACCAGCCAGAGCUGAAGCUACAGUUGAAGAAUGACAUUUAUAGUGUUUAUCAUUUGAACCCCCCUCCAGAAUUAAAUGGUGAGCACCUACAGCUAAACUGCUAUUGGAGCCACGCCGGCCAUAGACAUCGCUGUGAAUAGCGCUUUAACUGGACACAUACUGUCGGCCCUGUUUGACAUAGUUUUCCAAUAACGAUGAGUUUCAGUCAUGUCUUUGGCUAAACAUGUGCCAAGCAGUUGUGUGAUGACCUAAUAUUGUGUAUUAGAUGGUUUUACUCAGAAAUCAAACAUUGUAAAAUUUACCUUUUGCACACAUUUGUAGACAUGCAAUUUUAAAGGAACACUAUAGUCCCCUAAAUUAUUUUAGCUAAAUAAAGCAGUUUUUUUUUUGACAUUCUUUAUUUCAAUUUUGUUUCAUUCUUCCAAGUUACAAUCAUGCAUUAAUGUGUUUAAACAUGAAUAGACAAUAUGUAUCGGCUUUCAUCAAGGUAAACAGUAUACUUGAACACAACUGGAUAUUAAUCGCAUCUAAAAUGUGCAUUUAGUAACCUUUAUGUGGCAUAUCUUGCGUCGAGAAGCCAAUAUGUGUAGAACUGCGCGUCCAACCAGCUCAUAUUGUGAGCUUUCUGGGAAUUUAAAUUAAACUAGCUCGGGCUGUAGUCAGGUGCAUGAAACAAUCCGUGAUCCUGGUAAGUGGGCGUAUGUUCAAGACUUGAGUUACUGUCUAGUGCCAGGCAGGUAUGUCUAUAUACAGCAGGUGUACCUAUCAUCAGCCUGCACUGCAGCAUGUUACCGCCUCUCGUUGUGGCCUUGUGUCCAGCUUUCCUUUUCCCUCUUCCCCGUGUCACCCUCCCCCGCCCCUCUCCACUCCCUUUCCACUUGUGUAGUUAUAUUUCCCUCUGUGAGUCGCGUGUAGUGCACUUAUCAGGUUGGUAGUCGUAUGUCUUGUGAUAGUAGAGCUAGCUCCGUGUUUACGAGCCUCCCAGUUGUAGGGUUCGGGUAGAUACGUGUGUAUUAUGACCUAUCGGCCCGGGGCUAUGUUUUAUGGGACGUUGAUUUGUGCGUAACUGUAGGUUGCUGCCUCCGUCCCUAGUAGGUUCGUGUGGGGAGUCCUUCCCAUGGUGUUCUCUUGGUAAGGUGGUGGGAGGCCUAGGAGUCGUAUCCCCACCUCCCCCUCAGUCUUUCUGUCCGGCUAGUCCCCACUAGUCUGAUGUUUAGGUAUGCGUGCUCUGGCCGUUGGUAGGGAGCGUGGAGGAUGCGCGGGGGACGUUGGGGGCAAGUAGCUAGGCAUUACCUAUCUUAAUGUAUUGUGUACGUCCUCCGCCUUCAUGUGUUGGGGUGUCUCUCUCCCCCCUCCCUCUUCUACCCAAUCUAUCUUUCUAUGUUCCCUUCAGUUUCGGGGGUUAGUUUACCGUUGUUGGUGCCAGUUGCAUCUCAGACCUUGGGGAUCUCGGCGGGCUCAGAUUGCGUUGGUGUUGUCUGUGCGCACCGUGAGUCUCUUUCUGUCCAUCCUAUUGUAUGUAUCAGCUUUUGUGUUUCGGGAUACUUCCUGUCCUUGCUUUAUUUGUCCAUGCCUAGUUUCUGUCGGGGGUGGAGGGUCUGGGGUUGGGAUAGGGUCGGGAUGGGUUGUGAGUUAUGUCCAUUCUUGUGGGUUUUAAUCGGUCAUACUGGCUCCGGAGGGGGCGAGGUCCCCAGCCGGGGGUGUAUGUGCCACCGCAGCGGCCCCCCCCCUCCUCCCCGCAUCUGCUCCAGCUGCCACCUUGGAUACAUAGUCCAUCCACGGGAACCAAGUCAGGGAACAUUUUUCCGCGCGACCCUGCAGGGAGGCCGUCAUCCUUUCCAUAUUAUAGAUCUCUUCAACCCUGUCUAUCCAUUGUUGGUAUGUGGGAGCUGUGGGGUUUUUCCACAUCGUCGGAAUGAGUGUUUUUGCAGCCGUCAACAGGUGUAUGACGAGGCCUCUCUUGUAUGCUUUCAGGGGUGUGUGGGUGUGAUUUAGCAACAUUGGCAGUGGCUGGAAAGGUAUCUCUGUUCCCGUAAUUUCUUUUAUCAAUCGGUGGACCAUUCGCCAGAAGGGUAUGAUGUGCGUGCACUUCCACCAAAUGUGUAUUCCGGUGCCUAAUUCUGUGCCGCACCGCCAGCAUUCGCCUGGGACCGAGACGUGGAUGUGCCGUAGCACAUCAGGGGUCCGGUACCAGUGUGUCAAAAUUUUGUAAUUACAUUCUUGGAAUUUAGUGCUUAUGGAUCCCUUGUGUGUGAGUUGGAAUAUUUUAUCCCAUUCGCUAUCUGUGAGUAUGACAUCUGCGUCUCUUUCCCAUCGUGUAGUGAACCCCAGCGGUGGUUUGUUACCGCUGUUUUGGAGCAUGGUAUACAGGAUCGAGACUCCAUGUGGGAGGUGGUGUCUGUCUGUGCAUAAUUGUUCCAGGUAGAGCAGUGGACGGUGCAGGUGUCCCCUGCCUUUCAGAGCGGCAGCGUACGUUUUUAUUUGAUGGUAUCGAAACUCGUCCAUUCUAGUUGGUCGGCGGUCUUGUAGUAGAUCUCCUAUUGUUUUUAGGUUCGGCCCGUCACACCAUUGGCUCAUGUAUACCCAGUCUGUGGCUCCCAAGUUCCUGAGGUCGGCCGGGCUAAGCCCUCCCGCCAGCUUUGGGUUGUUGGUGAUAGGUGUAAGCGGGUUGGGGGACGUCGUGAGGUUCCCGUUGUAGCGAACCCUGCACCAGACCUGCAGCGUGGCGUUUAUCAUUGGGUUGUCCGUGCGUAUGUUCUCAAAAGAUGUUUCGCCCAGCCACAGUUGGGCGGGGAUUUUGCCUAGGGCUUGUUGUUUUUCUAUGUGGACCCAUUGUUUAGUGGUCGGGUUAGCGUGCCAAUCGACCAGUCGAUGUAUGUGGGUUGCCUGGUAGUAUGUGGUGAUCGACGGGAGUCCCGUUCCUCCCUGGCUUUUUGGUCGUUCUAAGGUGGACCGUUUCACGCGUGAUGGUUUGUGGUUCCAGACGAACUGUCGGAUGGUAGUCGUAAUUGCUUGAAAGAACCCUCUGGGGAUAGAUGUUGGUAAUGUCUGGAAUAGGUAUAGAAUGCGAGGCAUGACAUUCAUUUUUAUCGCGUUUAUGCGUCCAAACCAGGAGAUGUACUGGGCCGUCCACCGUUUUAUAUCCAGUUGUAAGGUUGCUAGAAGGGGUGCGAAGUUCAGUUGGUAUAUGCGCGUCGUGUCCUCGGGUAGCCAGACGCCAAGAUAUCUCAAUUUGGAGGUGCAUAUUCUGAAGGGGAAUUGCGUUUGGAUGUGUUGCUGGAGAGUCGCGUCCCUCGUGAGCAGCAUUGCCUCGGAUUUAUCCAGAUUUAGCUUGAGGUUGGAUACCUCGCUGUAGGUUCGGAAUGCGUCCAGGAGGUUCGGUGUCGACACCCUAGGUUGCUCCAGGAAAAAUAGCAUGUCGUCGGCAUAGGCCGCUACUCGAUGUUCCUGUCCGCCUAUGCUAAAUCCCGUGAUCCCUCCAUGCCGUCUGACCGCUUCGAGGAAGGGUUCGAGGGUGAGGGCGAAUAGAAGGGGGGAUAGGGGGCAUCCUUGCCUUGUGCCAUUGCUUAUGUCAAAUGAGUCGGUCAGGGCUCCAUUGACACGUAUGCGUGCAGUCGGCGUGGUGUAUAGCGCGGCUACCCAGGUUCGCAGCCGUGGACCAAACCCCAUGUGACUCAGGGUCGCUGCCAUGUAAUCCCAGUCUACCCGGUCAAAUGCCUUUUCGGCGUCGGUGGAUAGAAGCACCAUGUCUCGUUUGCCGGCCACUGUUGCGUGUAUGAUGUUAAGGGCUCGGAUGGUAUUGUCCCUAGCCUCCCUCCCGGGUAUGAACCCGACCUGGUCCGGGUGGAUCAGGUCGGGGAGCGUCUGCGCUACUCUGGUGGCCAUGGCUUUGGCGAAGAGUUUUAUGUCCGCGUUUAGUAGGGAGAUUGGACGGUAGCUGGCACAGUUAGUUGGGUCUUUUCCUUCCUUCGGUAUGAUCACGACCGUUGCCCUCAGGGUGUCCGUAGGGAAUCGUCCUCCUUCUUGGAGGGAAUUGAUUCCGGUGAGGAGUCUAGGAAGGAGAACGUCCUUAAAGGUGCGUAUAUACGCUAUAGGGAGGCCGUCUGGUCCCGGAGCCCUGUGGGGUUUGGAUGUUUUCAAGGCUCCCGCUAAUUCCUCAAUUGUAAUGGGUUGUUCUAGGUCGGCCUCUUGUUCAGGCGUCAGUUUACGGGUGGUAUGUUCUUCCAAGUAUGCAGCUAUCCGUGCCUGGUGUUGUGCUACUGUAUUUCCCGUUUUGUGCUGUGCUUGGUCGUAUAGCGUCCUGUAAUAUUCUUUGAAAGCCGUUAGGAUGCCCUCCGGAAGCCGGGUGAUAGCGCCUUCUUUCGUGUGUAUCUUGUGGACGUGUCGUGUUCUCCGUUUUUCCUGGAGCAUCUUCGCCAACAGCCGUCCACUUUUAUUCGAAUGUUCGUAGAAGUAUCGGGAUGUUUUCCUGGCUGUGUGGAGUAGUCCUUGGGUCAAUAUGUCCCGAAGCUCUCUGCGAGUUUCCGUGAGUCGGAGGUAUGUGUUAUCAUCCAAAGUGGAUUUAUGGGUUUGCUCAAGCUCAGCUAUGCGGCUUGUCAGGUUAGCAAUUUGCGUCGUCCUUUGUUUUUUGCGGCGGGUGCAGCUCGUGAUAAGGUGUCCACGGAUGACACACUUAUGCGCUUCCCAGAGAGUCAGUGGCUGUAUGUCCGGACUUUCAUUUGUCGAGAAGUAGUCAUUUAGGGCCUGGUUCAUAGCUGUGGUAAAUUCCAGGUCGUCCAGCAUGGAUUCAUUAAGUUUCCACUGUCUGUCUCUGGGUUUAAAGAGCGGGGAUUGUGUAUCGAUCAGAACCGGUGCGUGGUCAGAGUGGUCCAUGAUGCCGAUGUCUGCGCUACGUAGUAGGUUAAGAUACUCCUGGGCCAUGAAAAUGUAGUCGAUUCGACUAUAGUGUCCGUGUACCGCGGAGUAGUGGGUAUAGUCUCGGGCGUCUGGGUGGUACGUCCUCCAGCAGUCCACUAGCCCCAUCUUGUGCAGGAGUCGUUGCGUGGCUUUCAGGCAGUGUGUGGGGAUCGCACUUUGGCCCCUCGAGGUGUCACGUAUGGGGUCCAACGGCAUGUUUAGAUCUCCUGCUGCUAUCAGUAGGCCCCCUCUGAACUUCUCCAGUUUGGCUAGCGCCUGGCGCAUGAACGUGUGUUGCUUUCUGUUUGGUCCGUAUAAGCACGCGAAGGUGUAUUCAUGGUCUGCGAUGGUGCCUCUCAAGAAGAGGAACCUCCCAUUCGGGUCUGCUAGAGUUUGUGUAGUUUGGAAUGGCACCGAGUGGGCGAAUAGAAUGGCGACUCCGGCCUUUUUGGUGUCGGGGUGGUUAGCGUAGAAACCCAAAGGGAAUCGCCGGUUUUCUAAUUUGGGUGCGUCUCCACCUUUGAGAUGGGUUUCUUGCAGGAAAACGACGGAGGCCUUAGCACUCCACAGUCGGCGGUGCAAGUGGGCCCGUUUUUCUGGGGAGUUGAGUCCCUGGACGUUGUUAGACCAAUACGUCAGCUGGGCCGGGGCAAACGCCCGGGUGGCAGCCAUUUUGGGAGGGGGGGGGCCCCGCCCGCAGCGGCACAGGAGGGGCGAGGGGGAAGGCUGUCGUCUAGAGUGCGGGUUUUAGGGGGAUAGGGUUAUCUGGGGUCAGUAGGACCCGUGAGCGGGGUUAGUUUGGGUGUGACGUCGACCCUGUACCGGAUUUUGGGGGUUCUCGGGGGUUGGUUACCUGACCUUCCCUGAGGUUCCGGUAUAAUUUACAGGAGGGUCUGUCUCAGUGAGGAACAGUGUCGUCUUGACCAAUGGGGUGGUUCGGUCUAGUGGUCAAUUGUCAUCUACUAUCUCCUUCGGCUCCCAACCUGUAUUGGACUUUCGUAUUAGCUAUGUCUCUCUGUGUAGUGUUGAAGAUGGGGUGCAUGGUAGCGGGUCUCUGCUCCCGCAUGUCGCUAUGGGGCCAUUUGUGUGUCUUGUUGUGUGCUGUUAAGGGGGUGCGUCCCUCCCAGUCUCCCCCUUCAUUAUGCGUGUUCGAGGCUGUCUGAGCGAAACCCUUGCUCAUCCAUGGCCGUAUUUGGGUCGGGGUUCAGCGGUGUUAUUGGGAAGAGUUGGUGCAUGUGUGCGCGGUGGGUCCGCAAGAGUCAGUGGCGCCGGGCGUGGGGUGUUACCUCCUGUCGGCGCGGUGUCAGACGGGCUGAGUUUGGGUCCGAUCGUCCCGGAGUGGUGCCCUUGAUGUCUGCCCGUGGCUUGGGUUCCGUUAGGCGGGCCCAAGGAUCGCUAUUCGGGUCCCAAGUCUCGUCAUCUGGGGGCCCCGUUGCCGUCCGUCUUGGAGGGCUUCUCCAGCUUGGGGCAUAUCGGGGGUGUGCGGCGUCGUGGUAGUGUGUCUGCCUCGUUACUGUCUGGUAAGUGUAGCGUGCGUGGCACGUGGGGGAGCAGGAGUGAAUGCGCAUGCAGGUCAGGGACGGACUGUGUGCGGGGGGGGGGUCAUGCCUGCAGCUGAGUUACUGUCUUUGUUUUGCUACGUUAAAGGCCGAGCAGUCCCUGAUCCCCUCAGUCUGUCUUCUGUGUUCGCGUGAUGUGUCCCUCAUCCCCCCCCUCCACAUCUGUCAGCCCGUCCCCCGUGAUUCCCGAGUAUUGUGCCAUUGUCGUGCCCUAGACGUCCGUACAUCUCUUUGGUCCACUUAUAAACACUCUUAGCCCCUCCCUAUGUGAUCGCUGAUGCACUGGGCCCGGUGUGACGCGCAGGGUAUCUCUUCUAGUGCGUAUAUGUGUCACUCUGAUGGGCGCUCUUUGCGGCUACCGUGGGCAUUAACUUAUCUAGUGGAAUAUUUACAGCAGUGGGCCCUCCCGUCCACCACUCUAGUUCCCAACAUGUGACACCCGUGUCCCUCGUUAACCAAACACCACCACCCACUCCCGGAUCCCCCCCUGACCUCCCGGCAACAGUUCGAUCUGCUGUCCGUUGUACAGCUAUGUUUAGCAACCGUUUGAGGUGGGAAUUCGUCCUGUUGAGGGCCUGGUUGCCUUCUUUGGGGAGUUCCACUUUGUCCCAUGAGACCCCUCUCCCAUGAAAUUCCCCCCCUCCCAACCUGGCAGGGAACCCCGCUGUAGGAGCUUGGCUUUUGGUAGGACCGGGUGGUACUAUCCUCUAUAGCUGACCCCCGGGCUGCCCCGCCACCCCACCUAGACAGGCUCCCCCCUUGCCCCUUGACUAGUGUAGUGGCAGAGUACAUACCCUUGGCUGGCCGGAGCGUGGAAAGUCCCGGGCUGGGAGGAAUCCGAGGGGGAGAAGGGCCACGGCCGCAGGGUUCCGGUGCCGGAGCGGCUCAGGGGGGGUAGUUCCCGUGGCUGUUUAGGGACGGUGUUGGUUUAUUCUUCCGAGUUCUCCGGGCCUCCCCUGCGUUGUGGAGGGGUGGGUCCCGGGCGGAGGUUAUGAGCUACUUCUGACGGACCCGUGGCCCGGGCUGGGGGACCCUCCAGGAUCCAAUUCGGGAUCUGUAUCAUGGGUAGGCCCGCGGCUUGUAGAAAGCGGGGGACGUCGUUCGGCCAGCGGAUUAUGUGCCAGACAUUGCCUGAGCGGGCUUGGAGGCUGAAUGGGAACCCCCAUUUAUACGGAACCCUUCUCUCCUGCAGCAUCCGUGUCAGUGGUCUAAGUGCUCGGCGGGCAUCCAGGGUAAUAGUGGACAGGUCCUGGAAGAGGGAGACCUGGGAGUCCAUGUAUGUGAUCCUUUGCUGCGCCCUCGCUGCUUGCAUUAUGGCCUCCUUUAGUUGGAAGGAUUCUAGGGAGCAGAUGAUGUCGCGUGGGAGGCCGUCCCUUCUAGGUGCCCGCAGGGCUCUGUGGGCCCUUUCCAGACCGAAGUCACUAGGAGCCUCACUGCCCAUGAGGUGUGUGAACAGGCCUGUUAGGACUUCUUGGGGGAUUUCUCCCUCAGUUUCUGGGAGGCCUCGGACCCUUAUGUUUUUGCGACGACCUCUGUUGUCGAGGUCCUCCACUUGGCGGCGGAUGUCCAGGAGAAUGUUUCCCUGCCGCCCCGUAGCCAGUUCAGCCGCUUGCAUUGUUUGGGUGUGCUGGAGGCGGUCUUCCUCCAAGCUAUCUAUGCGUUGUUCCAGGGCCGAGAGGUCCCUGCGGACCGCCGUGAUCUCCUCCCGGAUAACGGCCUUCAAUUCCGCGACCAUGUCUGACUUAUCUUUGCGGGUGAGCAUGUUAUUAGUUAUAGUUGCCAGGUCUGCAGAUAUUUGGGUCAGCGUAGGGGUCGCCGGAGGAGUCUGGUCCGAGAGCGCCAUGCUUGAGGUCGGAGAGGACGGCGUCGGCGUGGCGGGGCCGUCCAGGCCUCGCGGGCCCUGGGAUGCCUGUAAGUAUUCGUCCAUCGGGCCGGGGUUAUAUUUCGCCGGCGUGACACCGGAGUUACCAGCUGCGUUUGUCCUCUUGCUUUUCCCCAUCUUUUUUGGCUGUUUAUGGCGCUAUUUGCCGGGGUUUACCAGGUUGGGGCCUAGGAGCUUAGGAGUAGUGCGUCUUACUCCAUCGGUAGUCAGGACACGCCCGGGGGUUACUUAUUUACGAAGGAGACUUAGUGUACUCUCCAGACCCCACUCUUUGGCAGUGGGUGCGGACUCCAAUUAUAACACAAGAGGGAGAACUUAGUGUACCCCCCAGGACCCAGCCAUGAGCGGUAGGUGGGGGCUACUAAUAAAAUACAAAAAAGCACCAGCCACUGUCCAUUAACCCUACCUACAUUCACUCACCCUAAUAAGUACGGGAAUAAGCCUGGGAAUAUCCCCAUGGCUAUUCCUGAAAGAAGUGGGACUUGCCUGUCAGAGUGUUCUGAUUGGUUGGCUUAGAAGCAAGUUAAUCGGUGAGCACUAAUGAAAAUUUAAAGUUUGGGAAUGCCUUUAUAAAGGCUUUUCCUGCCCUGAAACUCAUUCUGCAAGAAGCCCUUGUGGGCGAAGCUGAAACAAUUUUUUGGUCGUGUCAGGUUUCCAAUUUUAUCAUUGGGUUUUUAUUUUUAUUAGCUGCGUUGCAUUUUUCUGGAGUUUAUUUUGGCCUUUUAUGUGGCUGAAGAAAAGAAGAUUUAGAAGACAGAAGACAUCUUCAUUUUUACAGAUAUUAGCUUUAUUGUCCCCCUCACUAUUAUAAGGUUGAUGGGGGAUAAGUUGGAUUACUUUAUUUUAAUUGGUGUGAAGUGGCUAGGAGACCAUCAGCCACCGGGAGUGGGACAAUGGCACAAAUUUUACAUGGUGAACAAUGAUGUGUUCAUCUCCUGUUGUAUAUUUUAUUGAUAGUCCCCACCCAUUGCAUAUGGAAGGGGGCUGUGGGAUACACCAGGUCCCCCAGGUAUAAAUUUAGUAGCCCCACUUUCCGCCUAUGGACAGGUCCUCCUAUGUUUAAUAACUACGCCCCUCCAUUUUUUUAAUUUUGGUGUCAAACAUAUAGGAAUAGGAUUGCUAUCGCUGCUUAGACAUCAUUAGCGGCUCAUCCGCUCAGCAUUAUCAUGUCAAAGAAUAGCAGAUAUGAGAUUGUAGGUCCCACAAAUGAUUGGUAACUGGUUGAAAACAGUAUGUUUACAGACACAUUCUGAGUGGAGUUGAAUUAAUGCAAACAGGGUUCCUCUUAGAAUAUUGGGUCCUGAUAACUAUGGAGACCUGUGCGGGGGUAGAUAUAACAAUAUCCUUCUGGCUGCUAUGGUAGUAGAAUCUCUGCAUUGAGAGCCACACUAUAAGAUGUUGUGUAGAUCCAAAACCAUGAUCUUAUUUUGGCAAUGUUUUGACUGGUUUAGACUGUAAUUAGUAAUUACCAAAUUAGUUGCGCUAUAUUACCAUGUAUUGAUAUUGUUCCCAAAUAACCUAGAAACCUUUUCUUUGCCUUGCAUUCUUCUUUAAACGGUUGCAUAAUUCUUUGCUUGUAUUUGAAUAACUUGCCUUCAGUUAAUAAAAUAUUUGCUGUCGACUGAAACAUUCUUCUUGUACCACCCAAACCACUUCCUGUGAUGCUGGGUUCUUCUGUGAGAAAGAUAACAUUCUAUACCUGUUUGCUAAAGGUGGUGUAUCACAAAAGCGCAGACAACGCAACAUGUAGACUUCCUGUGAGUAUAGAUAUACAUAUGACUAAUUUACUUUUGAAGCGGUGGCUCAAUCUACAUACAUAUACACAUUAAUUUACUCUUACAUUACAAAAUUACUGCUUAUCAAACGUCACAGCUGGAGGAAAAGUCACGAUGUUGUAUUUAUAUAACAUUUUCAUUUUAUUUUAGAUCUUGUCUUAAUUAACCCUUUUACUAUCCAGCUUUUAGAAAAUCAUAUGAUAUAUAUAUAUAUAUAUAUAUAUAUAUAUAUAUAUAUAUAUAUAUAUAUAUAUAUAUGUCCUAUUCCGCAUAACACUAAAUGACAGAAACCCGGAAUCCGUGAGUAUUUAUUUUCUAUUCAUGUGUUGAAAUGGGUUUACCCUACCAAGAUACUGCUGAGUACACUUUCCCCCAACAUGUUAAACAUUUCUCCUCAGACUUCCUAAACCCAGUUAUCUUUUUGGAGGAAUUUAAUCUCCCAGUAUAGACCCAGUAAUAACAAUCUGUACUGUGUGAAUUCAAUGUUUUGCAAUGACGAAUUGUAGUCUAUCAGUUUCUGUUAAUGAUCAGUUUGCUAAUUACUGUAUCAUGUUUACGUUUUGGGCUGAAGAACUGAAAAGGUGAAAUUAUGAGCUUGCAGACUGACAAACUGGCCUUACCCCAAAUUACACUGCAAUGAUUCAUUUACUGGGCUCAGGAGCCUGUUUUACAACCACAAAAUAGUUUCAAAUACCAGUUUAUCUUUUAUAGGUAGGAGGCCACCUUCAUGAAGACCUGUAUAGCUUGUGGUUACAUUUUUGGGUAAAAACGCCCAACCCUUGCCGGAUUAAUUAACUCCUUGCACUUUUAGCUGCAUGCCUACAGAUUAGCCAAACAUUGUGUAGAAGACAAUUGUUUUAUUUUGUCAAAUGCCCAUAUCAUUGUGUAAAAGAAAACUAACUGUUUGGAGAUCUGAUAGCUGCAAGUGAAUCCUUUCUUGUCUUCACAGGUAGAAGAUCUGUACCUCAUCGCUAUUUGCCAUCCCCGUGGCAUCAAGUCUCUGCGGGAUCUCACUUCCGAUCAUCUUCCAUUGUUAAGAAACAUUUUGCGUGAGGGACAGGUGAGCUUCCCUGUUUGUCAUAUGUCUGCCUCCAGAAUAUUGUUUGCUCUUUCCUGAAAUACAGUUUGUCAAAGGGCAGACAUUCCACAUACAUUAUGAAAUGUGUGUUGGGAAUCUGUAAUAACAGACAGAUUUAGUGGUAGACACAAGGCAGACAAACAUCACUGAUUGCUGGGUAAAUAAACUUGUCAGCCUAGCUUUGUAACAAUUACUGCAACCAUAGUGCUUUGAUGGCGUGAGAGAGACUUUCCCCCAUCAUAUGAAAAUAUAUUGAAGUGGCCUCUAGCUUACAGAGCAUCAUGGGACCUAGUUUCUACCAUCGGUUUAAUAUUAUAUUCUGCAUAGACCAAUUUCCUACCUUUUUCAUGAUCAGCUAUUCAUAUUUCCACAAAUAAACAUUUUAUGAAGUAGAUUUAUUUUUUAUCUUCAUGGAUUGUGGGAUGUUCAGUAAUAACAAUAUUUAAAGGAACACUAUAGGAUCAGGAACACAAACAUGUGUUCCUGCCCCUAUAGGGUAAAACCACCAUCUAGCCCCUCCCCCCCUUCCCUCCCUAAAUAUAGUAAAAUCUUACUUGCACUCAAGUCUGCAGCUGCUGCCUCAGAUCUGUCUGCUGACAUCAUCAGAAGUGGUGGUGGUGUGAACCAAUCACAAUGCUUCCCCACAGGAUUGGCUGAGACUGUCAAGGAGGCAGAUCGGGUUAGAGCCAGCACAAGCCAAACACAGCCCUGGCCAAUCCGCUUCUCCUCAUAGGGAUACAUUGAAUCAGUGCAUCUCUAUGAAAGUAGUUCAGUGUCUGCAUGCAGAGGGUGGAGACACUGAAUGGCAUGUGUAGCACUGCCCCAGGAAGUACAUCUAGUAGCCAUCUGAGGAGUGGCCAGUGGAGGUAUCCCUAGGCUAUAAUGUAAACACUGCAUUUUCUCUGAAAAUCUAGUGUUUACUACAAAAAUCUAAAGGGAAUGAUACUAUGCACCAGAACAAAUACAAUAAGCUGUAGUUAUUCUGGUGAUUAUAGUGUCCCUUUAAAUAGUGCAAUCGGUAAACCAACUAUAAGGCAUGGAAAAAUGUAAUUCCUAGAUAACGUUAAUGAUGUACGUUAACUUUUUUUUAUUAGAUUAGUAAACCAGCAGUACCAUUGUUAAGGCCGAGAAAACUUAAAGAACAAAUUACUCUACCUAAUUUGGUACAUCACCAAGAUACCAGCGACAAUGCACCGGUCAGGGGCAACAGUUUUUCCCAACAGUGAGAGAAUUUAACAGGGCACCAAACUAUCCGCAGCAUUGAGGACCAUCUGUAAAACACAACUCCCAUGGCCUUAAUGUCUGUAAAGCAUCAUGGUAUCUGUACACUUGUUUUACCUUUUAGACUCCUCUUGGUAAACGUCAUGGAACUAAGCCUAGUGACACCAUACCUACUGUCAAAAAAGGGGAAUCAGUUUUAAUUAUUUUGUGAAGCACGAGACUGCUUUUUCCUCUUUUGUCCAUUUAUUUAAAAGCAUUUUUCAACAUCCGUUUAAAGUGAAACUCUGACUUUCCAGAAUCUUUAAUGCUAUGUAUACUUAUCCUUUUACUUAAUAGAUCAAUAAAUUUGUGAUGUGUGAAAAAUACAUUUAUUGUACAAAAUCCUCCAACGUAGCUCCUUGUCAGUCAUUGUUAUAAGCUCCGCCCUUUACACCUGGCAGUCAGUAUAGAGAGAGCCACCUCCAUCUUAGCUCCCUGUCAGUCAUUGUUAUAAGCUCUGCCCUUUACACCUGGCAGUCAGUAUAGAGAGAGCCACCUCCAUCUUAGCUCCCUGUCAAUCAUUGUUAUAAGCUCCGCCCUUUACACCUGGCAGUCAGUAUAGAGAGAGCCGCCUCCAUCUUAGCUCCCUGUCAAUCAUUGUUAUAAGCUCCACCCUUUACACCUGGCAGUCAGUAUAGAGAGAGCGGCCUCCAUCUUAGCUCCCUGUCAAUCAUUGUUAUAAGCUUCGCUCUUUACACCUGGCAGUCAGUAUAGAGAGAGCCGCCUCCAUUUUAGCUCCCAGUCAAUCAUUGUUAUAAGCUCCACCCUUUACACCUGGCAGUCAGUAUAGAGAGCCACCUCCAUCUUAGCUCCCUGUCAAUCAUUGUUAUAAGCUCCGCCCUUUACACCUGGAAGUCAGUAUAGAGAGAGCCGCCUCCAUCUUAGCUCCCUGUCAAUCAUUGUUAUAAGCUCCGCCCAUUACACCUGGCAGUCAGUAUAGAGAGAGCACACGGAGAUGAGGAGAAAUGAAACAAUGUUACUAUUUCUCCUCUUUUAUUAGCAAUGCGUACCCUGACUGUGCCUUGUCUGAGCUGGACAAUGAUGUAAUUUGUUAAAUCUUUUAAGGAACACUCUUUAAGGUUUCAGUUAUUGCAAAAACAUAAUAUACAGGGAUAUAAGUUUUAGAGAAAUCUGACAUUCUGGGGUCAAGACGGAAUUUGUUCCUAAUUUGUUGCAAUAUUGGAAGUGCUUCAAACUGGGUUUUUCACCUUCUUUUGGAUCAACAGCAAAAACAGUUGCGAGAAAGGCUAAACUCUAUAGACACAUGUCUCUUUCCAGGCUAAGUGACUCGACCUUUCCGGUUUAAAGGACAUUUGAUUGAAGAAUUCUGGUGGAAUUUACUCCGCUGUUAUUACAGCACAAAAACAGCCCAAAUUGCUUGUUCUGAUUUUCCACAAUAAAUAUGACUCCCCUGUGUUUGUAGUGCUCAGAGUCAGCGUGUAGACUAGUGACAGUGACAAAUUACUUUUCAUCUGGUUUAUUUAAUAACAUUAGCAUGAAUUUCAAAUAAACUGAAAGUAUAGUUGUCCACUUUGGCUAUUAUGACCUUAAAUUUGAAAUUCACCUUGAAUUCUUCACUAGGGAGUAACGAUGUGUCUUGUUGUGAGACCUAAUGUGAGGGAUGAUAAAUACUGUAAUUUAGCCAUGGGUUCUCACGCCCUUGUUUUAAAUGAUGUUUUUAUUGUUGUAGGAAGCCAUAUUGAAGCGCUAUGGUAUCCAUGGAAACCAGCUACGAAUUUACCUUCAUUAUCAGCCUUCAUAUUAUCACCUGCACGUACAUUUCACUGCACUCGGACAUGACGCUCCUGGCAUUUCUGUGGACCGUGCUCAUCUUCUGUGCGAUGUGAUCCAAAACCUAGAAUGCAACCCACAAUACUACAAAACACGAACAUUAACAUAUGCCCUUAGGGCAGGUGAAGAACUCCUGGAAAAAUAUAGAGCAGCUGGAAAAUGUUAA